AUCUCAUCUCACCGACUUUCUUCAGAGAUGUCUCUCCCUCACGCUUUCGUGUAUAGGUACUUCUCAUGAGGUUCGCCAAGUGAUUCCUGCAUUGACACCCUCAACGUCUCUUUUCCUCCCCUCACAAUGAAUCUCUCCGGUUAAGGCUGGCGCUUACAGUCGGAUUUGCUCUUCCCCCUCACUCCCCCGCAGCCACGUACGUCGAGAUCUCGCGUGAUUCAAUCGACCGUGUGCCUCAUUCGGCCCCAGUAUACUCUAUUUUGAUCAAGGACAAAGAGGCCAUUUCUUUAUUGUCUUAUUGAAAUCAUGGACUGUUGACAGUUGUAAUCUUCUCCGCGCUCGUUCAUUGCACAACAUAGGGUUUUUAUACAACGCUCUACCAUGGCCAGGAUCAAGCAGGGAAUCUUUUCGUGGGAAGACGUGUUGGCGCAAAGGUAUCAGAGCAACAAACCAACCGCCCUUCCCCGAUCCCGCCGAUAUAGCGCCUUACAAGUUCAACGCGCGCCACAGCAGCAGCAACCAAAGUCCGACAUCCGGACGGAAUGGACCAUCCAGCGAGACAACGCGCUUCUCGCGAAGCUCUCGCCCGAGCUGCGGAUGAUGAUCUGGGAACUUGUUCUCGGCGGAAUGCGCAUCCAUAUCGUGCAACGAUCGAACCGACGCAUGGGCCAUGUCGUCUGCCCAGAGACGACAGGAGGGUGCGAGAUCUGUCAGGGCGGACUGCCCAGCGCGAAGGCCGUGACCAAGCGGACGGGACUGCUCGCGCUGGCCUUGACCUGUAAACAGAUCUAUAGCGAAUCGAUCUACACCCUCUACACGCUCAACACCUUCGAGUUCAGCAAUACCUGGUCGCUGACCUACCUGCGGCCGACCAUCCCCGCGGACUUCUGGGACGCAAUCCGCGCCGUCGAGCUCCGCUGGGCGUUUCCGGGCCACUGGCUCCCCAGCAAUGACCCCGUCAAGUCGGUGUACUUCUCCGCCGGACGGCAGCAGUGGGUCGAGACAUGUCGGGCGGUGACGCGCAUGCAGGGCCUGCAGGCGUUCACGCUGCAGCUGAGUUGCAACUGGUUCUGCGAGCCCGUCGAGAAGUUGCCUGUGUUUCUGGAGCCGCUGCGCGAGUUGCAUCUGCGGCAGCGGUGGACGUUGCAGCUGCCGAGGCAGCCGUAUUAUGUGCAGGAGAUUCGGAACAUCGAUGGAAAUUUGAGGAAGAGGGGGAUUGAGUGUUGUGUUUGGGCGGCGGAGGAGAGGAAAGGGUUCACUGGGGUGUAGCUGUAGUCGAGGGGGGAAUUGUUGUUGCUAGGAAAUCUCGUAGUACCUGUUAGCGAGUAGCAUGUGACGCGUUGGUUAGCUCUGCAUAUAAGCUCUUAGCUCUAGAGGCGAUCGUAGAUAGAACCAUAAGGGUAACUGAUUCAGUAUUCAUGAGGGUGGAACAGGAAGGGUGUUGAUAUUAAAGGCAGCGCCCAGCCACCUACCGCGCCC